GAUUGGAUCAUCCAUUUUGUUGAUCAAACUCCGAAGUCACAUGUUCGCACUAAGCGAAUUUUCUUUGUGUCUUACUUCAGGUUAAGUCCGUGUAAGUGGAUUUUUAACCGUAAGUGUUCUUAGUUUUUACGUAGAGUUAGCUUAACAUAAAUCAAUUGUUGCCGACCAACCAUUUGCGGACGGUAAUUAUUUUCAAGAGUCAAAAUGAACGCUGAAAAAUUGAAAAAACUCAGUGACCAGGUGCGAAUAGGCGGUAAAGGCACACCACGACGAAAGAAGAAGGUUGUACACACAACAGCAGCCACAGACGACAAAAAACUCCAAAGUACUCUAAAAAAGCUAACAGUCAACACAAUACCUGGAAUUGAAGAAGUAAAUAUGAUCAAAGAUGAUGGUACUGUGAUACACUUUAACAAUCCAAAAGCACAAGCUUCGCUGGCAGCAAACACAUUUGCUAUUACGGGGCACGGUGAUACAAAAUCAAUGUCAGAACUACUGCCGGGCAUAUUAAAUCAGUUGGGCCACGAAGAAAUUGGACAACUGAAGCGUUAUGCCAGCGGGUUUGCUAGUAAUAAUCUCAUUAGUAAAUCAUUAAUUGAAGAUGAUGAUGAGGUGCCGGAUUUGGUUGGUAACUUUGAUGAUGCCAGCAAAGAAGAGGUGGUAGCAAAAGGAUCAUCAGAAGAAAAGACCGACAGUACUGAGAAACCUGUUGUCGUCGAAGAAAAUGCAGAGAGCUCAAAGAAGGAAUAAUAAUUGGAUUGGUGGUGACUAAAACAACAACACAUAUUGAGAAAAUUAAUAAUUUGCAGUAGUGACCAUAUUCAAUCAUAACUAUAUUCAAAAUAAAACAAACAAACAAUAGUAUUCGAUUCUGAGAAUUAUAAUAACUGUAAAUUUGAAAAUUCAUAAAUACUUCUUUCACUUGUAAAUCAAUUUAUAUAUUUUGUUCGGUGUACUUUUUGCUAAGUAUAAAUAAAAUAUACUAUUAUUACCUAAAAUUGAUUUGAUUUAAACAUAUUUAUUUUUCUAUUGUAUUUUUAUAUUGAAAACUCUUAUUUUUCAUUUUAAAGGCACUAGCCUAGAACAAGCCAACCACGUGACAUAUAUAAUAUAAAAUACUGUAUACAAAUAACUAUUUGUUUUUCAUUUAAUGAUUAAAUUAAUGAAAAAAACAUUAAUCAUUGCAAUAAUAAUGUAAUAUAAUUUAGUGACAUAGUGUAAGUAUAAUGUGGAAAUGUAUGAAAUAAAGUUAUUUUUCAAUCAAUAUUAAACUCCAAAA